AUGGAAGGGCCGCGGUGGGGCAGCGAAGGGCAGGAGUAUGGCAUCGAAGAGGGCGCGGGGGCAGAGAAGAGCAGCGCGGCUGCACCGAAGACCUCAUGGCGCAGCGUCGACGCGCCCUCGCUCGAAGCAGCUGCACCGGACGCCUUGUUGCGACCAAACUCCGGGCACGAGUACAAGGAGGCCCCCGGGCCCGAGGUCGAGACGCGAUGCCGUUGCACAAAACGCCUCGAUGCGGGAUCUGUAUCGAUCUACGAAUUAUACUCGGUGGCGAUUCAGUCUGACUGGCGUGGGGCGAGGGUGAUGCGCGAGAAGGAGGCCGGGGGUAGCGCCAAAGUUGGUCUUGGAGUGGGCGAGAAGUUGACAAAGUUGGCGAGCAUGAGGCGCGGACCCGCGGCGGGAGGUAGGGCGCACGAGGCGGAGAUACGUCAGAGACGGAGUAGGACGCCGGGGAUAGGGCGCGGCCAGAUGGGGAGCGCAGGAGUACGGGGCUACCUCGAGUACUACACAUCAGCAGGCGGCUGGAAGGAUAUCGGGCAGCAUGUCAUGGAGACGGACGGCAGGGAUGCGAUCGCCACCCGAGCUGGCGAUGGGCGGACGAGGAGCGGGGAGCGGGGACAAGAGGGGAGGCCGGCAAACACCGCGGUGAUCGGGAUGGCGGGAUUUCCACGCCGGAACGGGCCCUAUUCAUCUCUCCCUCCCCCACCAUCGGGAGCGCCACCGCAACUCAUGGCGCUCUACAUGCCCCUCGAGCUCUACGACGCGAUCGUCGCCGAGCUCGCCGAUGACAUCCCUGCAUUGCGCGCCUGCGCCCUCGUCUGUCGCGGCAUGCUUCCCCUAGCGCGCAAGCACCUCUUUGCAGACGUUCGACUCGGUAAAGACGCCGCCGCUGCGUGCCGCCGUCUCGCCAGCCUCCUCUGGCCGUGCCCCCGCGUCAACGCAUACGUGCGCUCAAUACACAUUGACGACGUCCCCGAGGGGGAUGCAAUCAUCGGUCGGCGCUGGGUCGUCGACGAGCCCGCCCUCGCAUAUGUCCUUCAUUGCGUCCCCGCCGCACGCGCAUUCGUCCUCACAUCCCGCUCCCUUCCAUUCCCCGCCCAUCUCGUCACACCCCUUGCCUCCCUAUUCUCCUCCACCUCCCUGACUGUCAUCCACUUGGCAGGCGUACGAGAUAUCCCUGUGGAGCUGUUCGAUCGCUGCGAGGCCCUCCGCGAUCUGCGACUGUCUGGCAUGGGCAGUAUAGCGUUUGAUCGCACCUCUGGCCUCUCCCCGCGACCCCGAGGACGCCCAGCACGCCUCGAGAGCUUGGCGCUAUGCGUUGGCACCUGUUCAUGGACCACAUAUUCCUGCUUCGACGUCCUCGUCUCAUGGCUUACGCAUCCGCAAGCCCCCUUCGACCUGUCUACUGUCAAGCGCUUCUCCCUUCAGAUGUGGGGCACAGUGGAUUUCGUGCUUGCGCAGCGGCUGCUUGACGCCGUUUCGCCUUCGCUGGAAUACCUUGCUCUUGACACCAGCGAUCUCCGUUCGUUCGGCUACACCCAGAAUAUUCUUAAUCUCUCCCGCUUGCCCCAUCUUCGCCAUCUCGUUCUCUCCCUUCCCAUCACAGAAGAGGAAGAGCCCGAUGAUGGCAAGUUCCACCCGCUGGGCCCCCUUGCACCCCUUGCUUGGAUGGACACAUUGCUGCAAACAUUCGCACUUGCCCCAGUGGCUGCGCUUGAGACGCUUACCGUCAUCCUGCGUCUCGAAGACCAGGAGCUCGACUACACGGAUGUCAUCAUGCACGACAUAUGGGCACGCAUAUGCGGUCUGCUCGCCCGCGAGCGCUUCCCAGCCCUUCGGAAGGUGGAUUUCCAGCUCUCAAGCGCUGACGACGACGCGGAUGAGGGCGCCCUCGCACAAGUCACACACCACGUCAACGACAAGUUUGCUGCGCUACUCCCGCGUGGGGUCCGGUUACGAGUCACUGAGGACUUUGGUGAGCCGCUUCUUGUCCAGUCCAUCGGCGACAAAGCUGAUACCGUGACAGAGGACCCUUUCGAUGAUAUGAGCCCGUUGUGGCGGCGCGUAUCCCUUGCUUAA